ACAACAUGGCGCUAGGGAACAACUGUGCUGCCCGUGCAGGCGAAACAACAACAUAAGCAAUACUCAGAGGGAACGAAAUGGGUGAAAUAUGCUCCCCCAGUCCUUUUAAGUACCAUUCGACCGCUUUUUUCCGGACUAUACUGCCUGCUACACGUGACUUGAGGAAAACGACCCGUUUCUGUAGCAUCAGUUCAGUGCGUGAGAAACAGGUUGAGUGAGUGAGAGCACACCUGCCUCACGACGGGACCCUGAAGAUGAGUCUUGACAAUAUGCGUUGUUCUCUGGCCACCGAUCCUUAGAAAUGAACGAGGAGAGUGGACUAGAGAUGGACCACAAGGUCAGAGAAAAAUUGCCUCCCAUAUUAACUGCACCUUCUACGGGUGUGAAGAAGCUGUACCCCUGUCUCAGUGGCUUUACCUUCAGCCUCCAGCACCGCAGGCCAACCACCGUCUGCUCGCGCUUUGGUGCAGAGCUGCCCCCAUUGUGUGCGGACAUGCGGCAGAAGCAGCGCUUCAUCAUCGACACUCUGCCCCAGGAAGUGAAAGCUCCUUUCCCUAGCGACCCCGUCAUUCCACUCCGCAACAAAACUGCCCGACAGUUCCAGGAGGACAUGGAGAGUGCGUUGGCAUCGGGCGACUGGAGAGAUGUCCGUGAGUUUUAUCUCACCACGUUCCAGUCCUUCUUGGAGCUCAAUGCUGCUUUUAAGAGAGAGGCCAACGCUCCGUUCAACACCAUCGAGGACUCGGGGGUCAACUCCAAAUUUAUCAACGCCGUUUUUGAUGCCUUACCUCAGGCUCCCCAGGAGGUCCAGAAGUCUGUUCUGAAGGGGAUCAUAAACAGCCUGUUGAGGGAGUGGAAGGGGCCGCGGACAAAAGAUGACCUCAGAGCCUACUUCAUUCUGGUGCAGAACCCUCAGUACUCCCACACCAGUACAUAUGUGAUCUACGCUCAUCUGCUGAGACAGAUAGCAUCACUCUCUGAGGCUGACCAUCACUUCCUCAUGCACUGGUUUAAGAAACUGUCUCCACGCAGGUUCAAGCAGCUGGUUGAGCGUCUGCUACAGUUCAUCUCUUCCCGCCUGUUUUCUGCCACGCCCGACGACCUUCCUCCAAUCAGCAAGUGCUCCUGGUGGAUCCCCUCGGCAACCAGAGUUUUGGCUCUCCUUAAUGCAGCCAACAGCCUAUCGACCACUCCCAUGCUCUUGUACACGGACUUCUACAACAUGGCCCUGGACCAUAUCGACUACAUGGGGGAGUACCGGACCUGGCAGUGUCAUGGCAACUCCAGCAAAUUUUCCUUCUGCCAGUUUCCCUUCAUCCUGUCAGCAGCAGUGAAGAAAGCCAUCAUCCAGAGAGACUCGGAGCAGCAGAUGAUCAGCAUAGCCAGGCAAAGUCUGGUGGAUAAAGUGUCCCGCAGGCAGAGAGUGGACAUGGACCUGCUGUUCCUCAAUAUCAGAGUGCGCCGCACACAGCUGCUCUCAGACUCGCUGGAGGAGUUGAGCAGGAAGAGGGCCGAGCUGAAAAAGAAGCUGAGGGUGACGUUUGUGGGCGAGGCUGGUCUGGACAUGGGGGGCCUCACUAAAGAGUGGUUCCUACUGCUCGUCAGGCAGAUAUUCCACACGGACUACGGCAUGUUCACAUAUCUGAAGGAGUCCUGUUGUCACUGGUUCAGCAGUUGGAAGUGUGACAGCCUCUCUGAGUUCCAGCUCGUUGGGACGCUCAUGGGACUAGCUGUGUAUAACAGCAUCGCCUUGGACAUUCACUUCCCACCCUGUUGCUACAAGAAGCUCCUGACUCCGCCUAUAGUGCCAUGUGACCAGAACACUCCAGUUGGCAUGGCGACGCUGGGCCUUGAUGACCUGCAGCAGGUGAUGCCAGAUCUUGCUCAUGGACUCAGUGAGUUGCUCGACUAUGAGGGAAAUGUUGAAGAGGAUUUUUAUUUGACUUUCCAGGUUUUUCAAGAGGAGAUGGGAGUGGUGAAGUCGUACAACUUGAAGCCAGGCGGAGACAAGAUCCCUGUGACUAAAUUCAACCGAAAAGAGUAUGUGCAGCUCUAUGUGGAUCUCCUCCUCAAUAAGAGCGCUUAUAAGCAGUUUGCUGCCUUCUAUUACGGCUUCCACAGUGUGUGUGCGUCAGACGCGCUGAUGCUGCUGCGCCCUGAGGAGGUGGAAGUUCUGGUGUGUGGCAGUCUGGAUCUGGACAUGGUGACCCUGCAGAAAGAAGUCCAGUAUGAGGGAUACAACAGAACCGACACCACCAUACGGUUUUUCUGGGAGGUGGUGUUGGCAUUCCCUGUGGAACUACAGAGGAAGUUGCUUCACUUUGCCACAGGAAGUGACCGGGUGCCUGUGGGUGGCAUGGCGCACCUGAGCUUCAAAAUCUCCAGGAUCGAUGUCUCCACUGACUGGUUGCCCAUCUCUCACACCUGUUUCAACCAGAUCUGCCUCCCCCCGUAUAGGAGCAGGAAGGAGAUCAAACACAAGCUCACCAUUGCCAUCUCUAAUGCAGAGGGAUUUGGAUUGGAGUAAUGUGUGUGUGUGUGUGUGUGUAUGGGGAGGCGUACGUGUGUGUGUGUGUGUGUGUGUGUGUGUGCGUGCAUAACAUUUGUCCAUGAGCAUGCUUUUCUAGUUCAUAGUGCGUGUGUGGUUCAGUGUUUAGUGUGUUUGUGUGUGCAUGUGUGUGGGAGUGUGUAUGGGGAGGUGUGUGUGUGUGUGUGUGUGUGUGUGUGUAUGUAUGCAUGUGUGUGUGUGUGUAUGCCUGUGUGUGUGUGUGUGUGUGUGUGUGUGUGUGUGUGUGUACUCAGUGUGUAUAUAUUACAGUGUUAGCAAACACGUGUGUUUAUAUGAGUCAGUCCAGUCAUAUAGGAAAUUAUCAAUGCUACUAUAUGUGUAUCCAACUUGCCUUGGCUACUGUAUAGUGAGCUAUCACAGGCGAAGAAUAUACUCUUUCAGGAGAACUUACCCAACAGGUUUGGUUAAGUUUGUGUGCCAUGCUGGUUAUUGGUUAAGCUGAUUGGAGUUUUACAAAUGUGAUGAACUUAAAUGGUCUUUCACCAGAGCCAUGAUAUUAUGUUUAGAGGUUCUAUCUAGAGGCUCUAUUCUAUUCAUACACACACACACACACACACACACACAGAGAGAGAGACAGAAACAUGCAUACACAUGCACACAUAAGCAAAAUGAGUGGAUAAAAACAUUAAAGAAAAUAUAGGACAGCCAACAGUGUGGUUUUGGAAUUGAGCAACUUGGCUCAAAUAUUUACAGACAUGUUACAGUGUGUGUGUGUGUGUGUGUGUGUGUGUAUGUAUGUGAGGGGGUAGAGAUAAAACGAGACAGAAACAGUAUACAACAGUAGGUCCCAGGCAAGGUCUCCUGCUUUAGCAAAUACAAGAAUGUGAGGACAGUCAGUGACCAAUCAGUGUAUUAUCAUCAUCUGAGCUUCAUGCCAGCUGAGCUCAGCUCAGCAAGAGCUCAACCCACUUCAAUCAAGUCCAUGUAAUCAGCUAAUCUAGGACUGCAGAUGACUGAUCAGAUUGGUCAGAUGGCUUUCUGAGAGCUUGCGCUGCCCUCAUGCUGACUCACCUUAAGGCCACAAAAAAAAAAAAAAACAACGGCUGAAUUUUUGCUUACCGCUUUCACACCUUUAACGAUACCGGUAAAGACAGAGGUGAAAGCGGCUAAAACUGCUGUAGUGCACCUGCCAGACCAGUGGAUGGCGCCGUGACGGCCGCACAGAGGCCGAAGACAAAACAUUAUUGUUGAAGCAGUUUGAUAACAGCAUGAAAUAAGGAGACUACAGACAAUUCGGUUUUCAAUUCAACUGUUAAACUAAUAAAGUUAAUUUUCAAGGUAUGUGACUGGUAUGUGGAAUUUGAAAUACU